AUGCGCUGCGGGAUCCUAAGGCCUCCCUUGCGAGGGGUGCCGGGAGAGCGGCAACCGGGCUCGCGCCACGCGCUGUUCACUCUGUCGUGCAUCAAUGCGCUGAAUUUCGCAGACCGCUAUGUGCCCGCAUCGGUGAAGCCGCAGAUCGAAAAGGACCUUGGCUUGUCUGAUUGGGAGAGUGCUCUGCCUGCCAUGGCUAUGACCGCCGUUUUCACUGCGGCGAGCUUAGUGUUCGGACUGCUUGCUGAUCGGGAGUGUGUGGACAGAAGGCUUCUCCUCGCAGGUGGCAUUGGCUUCUGGUCCCUGGCCACAGCCUUGGGUGGUUUCGCACAGAAUCUCACUCAGCUGAUUCUCUUCCGAUCAUUAGUGGGUGUUGGGGAAGCUUCUUUUGCGACCGUGGCGUCGCCGAUGAUUGCAGACUUUUACCCAGGUCCCCAGCGUAAUCGUGCCUUCACCAUCUUCAGUCUGAGCGCACCGGUUGGGGCUGCUGUAGGGUUCGGCGUGGGUUCGUUGCUGGGACAAAACUUGGGCUGGCGCGCGGCCUUCUUCGCCUGCGGCUUUCCAGGAAUGCUCGUCGCCGCCUCCGUGCUCUUCUUGAACGAUCCACCCAUGGGCGUCAACGACGAGCUCGAAGACCCAAUGAGUCUUGACGAGGAGUCUUCCGAUGAUGACUCUGAAGAGUCACAGCCAGUGCGACGUGAUUGUGCCUUCCUGAGAGAGGGUUGGGUGCUGUUGAGCAAUCCUUUCUUCCUCUCCGCGACUUUGGGAAGUGUGGCCAUCUCCUUCGCGGUGGGAGGCCUCACAGAAUGGUACCCGACCUUCCUGAUGCGCUACUCCAAGCUCUCGCAAGCGGCUUCAGGGCAGGUACUCAGCGGCAGCUGUGUCUUUGGCGGUAUCGGUGGCACCGUCCUCGGUGGAAAGGUCGCCGACAGUGUCGCCCGCCGAUGCAGCAUGGGCAGCAGCGCCUACUUCCUGGUGCCGGCGUGUUUCAUGAUGCCAGGCGCUGUACUGAUUGCAGUGGCAGUGAACUACUUGGAGACAUGGUCUCUGGUUUUUUGUCUCAUCUUGGGCCAGACCUUCUUCUUUGCGUACCAGGCACCUAUCGCCGCGCUCUCGAUGUCUGUGAUCCCAGUCCACAGUCGCGCGAGGGGAUCAAGCUUACAGAUUUUGCUGGGCCAUGUCCUCGGUGAUGUAAUCAGCCCACCCAUCAUCGGCCACAUCUCCGAUGUUGCGAACCUUCAGCUGGGCUUGCAAGUGACCUGGGUGGCUGUGUUCGUUGCAGGCCUAUCAUGGUUUGUGGGCUACUGCUGCCUCGAUAGGCCGCCUAUGGUGGUCGUUCCAAAGCAGCCCAAAGACUCGGGCACCAUCCGAUUCAUCCUCCAGAGGGGUAUGAGUUCCGUUUGUGGCUGUCAAUCCGACACAGGCUCACAGUCUUCCAACGAGCACAACUAG